AUGGGGCGAAGGCCACCUGCCUCAGCUGCUGUGGCCUUGACAAUCAAGGAGGGAAGUAAAUCCUCAUAUGCGGAUGUCAUGAAAAAGGCGAGGGAUAAAAUUCCACUGGAAGAACUUGAGAUUAAUCAUUUGAAAAUAAAAAGAGCAGUUACAGGAGGAUUUUUAUUAAAAAUUCCAGGAGAAAAUGCGACUAUUAAGACAAAAAAACUAGCAAAUAGGUUAAAGGAUACUUUUAAGGAAAAUGAGAUGGUAAUCAGUAGACCUACAUGUAAUGCGGAAUUAAUUUUGUCCGGUUUGGAUGACUCCAUUAGUCCCUCGGAGAUAGCUGCUGCAAUUUCCGCAGAAGGUAGGUAUAAGGUUAACGAGAUUAAAGUUGGCAAGAUUAGAUAUGGUAGAAAUGGCAUAGGUUUUAUGUGGGCUUAA